CGCGCUCAGCACCUUUGGUUUCAUUCCUUGUCUGGAGAUUCGAGGGGAGGGACGCUGGUGGUUCUUGCACCGCUUCUUUUGGAAUUCUUCUUCUGUGUGGAUUUGUGUUUGUCUGUGUUGGAAUUAUGUUGUCUGAUUCAAUACAGACGCGCUAUAAAGGUCAUCAGUGAGUCCGGUUGUCUGCCUCCUGGUCUGCAGCUGCUGCCUUUGAAGUAGGUGUGAAUGCUUCAUCUCUCUGGAGAUACCCACCACCUCCCUGACUAGUCUGCCACCUCACUAUCAGGACCAGGCAACCAGCCAGAAUGGGCAACCAGCUAACAGAGAUCGCCCCCAACACUCCUUUCCUCCCCAACUUCCAGUCUCUGCAUGUGGUCGUCAUCGGCCUGGACUCUGCAGGAAAGACCUCCCUGCUGUACAGACUAAAGCUCCGGGAGUUUGUGGAGACCAUCCCCACAAAGGGCUUCAACACUGAAAAGAUUAAAGUAGCAGUUGGAAGCUCGCGGGCCACCACCACCUUCCAGGUGUGGGACGUUGGCGGUCAGGAGAAGCUGCGGCCCCUGUGGAAGUCAUACACACGUCGCACUGAUGGCCUGGUGUUUGUUGUGGAUGCUGCAGAGGCUGAGCGCAUGGAGGAGGCCAAGGUGGAGCUCCACCGCAUCAGUCGCUCGGCAGAGAACCAGGGAGUACCAAUUCUGGUGCUUGCCAACAAGCAGGACUUGGACUCUGCAGUCUCUGCUGUGGAGGUGGAGAAGGCCUUGGCUCUCCACGAGCUUAGCAACUCCACACUGCACCACACCCAGGGAUGCAGCGCGCUGAAUGGCCAGGGGCUCCAACCCGGCCUGGAGAAACUAUAUGAAAUGAUCCUAAAGAGGAAGAAGCUGCUCAGACACAGUAAGAAGAAGAGAUGAGCUGUGCGUCUGAGCUUCCGAAAGGCGCUUCGCCCGCAGAAUGGACCUCGUUGGUGUUCCUGGGAAUUUUAUGGGAAUUUUGUGCCCCGAUGGCUCUGCUUCUGGUUUCCCAGUGACGGUCGGUCCAGAGGACUGAGAAAUGGACCUGUUAUACUAUACGUUGGACACAGCACGGACUACGUUCAGCCCUUUACAGUGGCUCUUUUGUUCUAUAAACAUUGCCCUCUCCUUUUUUUUUUUAUCAAGUUGUGGUGCCGACACGGUCUAGUCCAAAUAUCCAGUGAUGUAUGGUAGUUCUAAUUUAGUUUACCUUGUAGUAGUUCUAAUUUAGUUUACCUUGUAGUUCACUUUGUUUCACAGAGGUGGUUCACCGUUGGAAAAGACAACGCUUUUGUAGAUCAAAAGAGGGACAGUGUUUCAUCCCACUGUUCGGAUGGCAUUUGAACUGAAAUGCCUGCUGGCACGAGGCCUGAGGCUGCUAACCAUGAUGCAAGUUUUCACCACAGUUUUGCUUGUCAUGAUGGACUUAAAUGUGUGAAGUUGUUACAACCAAUAUGUUUUUACAUUCUGUACAUAUUUUUUUGUAAUACUUACAAGUGAAUAAAUUAUUGAAGACACUA